GGCUCUCUCGUGGACAGCGUUGGCCUCCUCGAAGGCGGGGUCCGAGGGGCAGCGACCUUUGACCUGAGCCCGGCGCUGCCGCAGCCCCGCCCACUCCGCUCCUCUCCAAGCCAAUAGACUACGGCGGUGCUAGAGGUGCGACCAAUAGGCGGUGGUGGUGUUUGGGGGCUGUCAGAGCCGGAAGUGCAGCAGCCCUGGAGGAGCCAUGGGGGUGAAGCUGGAGAUCCUGAGGAUGUUCGUGUACCUGACCUUCCCUGUCGCCGUGUUCUGGGUCUCCAACCAGGCCGAGUUUUUCCAGCGUCACGUGAUUGACCGCAAGAGGGAGAUUUUCCCGCCGGACAACCCCGAACAGCGCCGGGCCAUAGCUGAGCUGAAGCAGCGGCUGCGAGAAGGGAAGGGGACACAGGCAUGAGGGGACAGGGGACACACGGCCACCACGGGGGACACGGCAGUGACAGAGGGGACAUGUGUCUGCACAACAUGGCUGCACCGUGACACCGGUGCCGUGGCUGUGGUGGUGACACCGGAGACGCGUGGCAGUGCCCUGUCACCGUGGGCACAUCGUCACACCAGUGCCAGUGCCACGCUGGUGACAGAGGGAACAUCUGUGGUGUCACCUUCCUGCCAGCGCUGUGGUGGCAUUGGUGACAGACGGGACACAUGGCAGCAUCCUGGUGCCAUCGCUGUGUCCAUGCUGGUGACAGAGGGGACGUUGUGACAGCAGCCAAUGGCAUCGCUGUGGCCGUGCUGAUGGCACAGGGGACACGUGCCCGCGUGUCGUCCCCGUGUUGGUGGCACAAGGGACACAUGUCUUCGCCUAAUGCCACUGUCACGGGUGGCAGCGCGGCCACGUGGCUGCCCCCGUGUGACGUGGGGAUACGAGGGACAUGUGUGUGACACGUGAGGGAGUCAUGUCCAGACCUGCUGCUGCCACCCAGCCCCGAGGGGACACGUGGCACCCCUGGGUGUCCUCACCCCCAAUAAAAGGCGCCGGCACUGCCCACGGGGGUGUCCCCAAGGUGUCACCAGGUGCUGUCCCUUAGUGCCACCUGGGGCUCCCUCAGUGUCCCCUGCUGCCACCCCCACGGGCGUCCUGUGUCCUUCAGUGUCACCUGAGUGCUGCGGGUGUCCCUCGGUGCCACCCUCCCACUCC